GACUGAGCAGCCGUAUCGACAAACUCCACUCUACCUUGCACACACCGAGAUCUUGUCGCGCGCACCGAGAUCUUGUCGUUUCGGCUAAGUUGCCGCCUCCACCGAGAUUGGCACGCUUCGGAUUUACUCCGCCCACAUCUCCCCGGCCAAAGCCGAGCUCUCCGCUCUCUACUUCAAGUCACGGCAGACACAGCGCGCGUGCUUUCACAUCUUUCCAUCCCCGACUCUCACUCACACAAAAUGUCCAACGCCGCCGACCAGCAGGCCCGCGAGGCCGCCGAGAAGACUCUCUUCGAUCUCGGCAUGAAGCAGCGCCGCACCGUCCUCGGCGACCAGUACGUCGACAACCAGCUCGCGACGCGCAAGUCCGAGUUCUCGCUCCCCGCCCAGGAGUACAUCACGCGCUCGGCAUGGGAGGGCCUGUGGUCCCGUCCGGGCCUCGAGCUCAAGUACCGCUCGCUUGUGGUCAUCACAAUCCUGGCGCUCGGCGGACACAGGGCCGAGCUCGCGGCGCACACGCGCGGCGCGCUCCGCAACGGCCUCACCGAGGAGAACAUCCGCGAGGCGAUGCUGCACGUCACGGGAUACGGCGGUUUCCCGAAGGGUCUCGAGGCAUUCCGCGUUUGUGAGGAGGCGAUCGAGGCCUACCGCCUGGAGGUGGCCGCCGAGAAGGGCGAGGGCUCGUCUGCGUGAGCGUGGGUCGGGGUUGUCUGAAGAUGAAGAGAUGUGUGAUGAUAUGGGAGGAGUAAGCUGCGCG